AUGAAGGAGAAGAUUAUAGUAUGGGAAAAGGGGUUCAGAGGAGAAAGAGCACCUGAGAGAAGUUCCAGAGGAGAAUUAGCUCACAAAGACACACACCGCGAAAAGGGCUCUCCUGGAAUAAGUCAAUCUUCAAAUCUUGACCAGUUGAAGAGUGAGCAUUGCGGUCGUGGCCUGAAUGGCGACUCAUCACAUCUCACCAAACACUUUGAGGCGACGAUCAAUGUGGUUGGACUAUCGAAGACCUACGGCACUUCAAUUUUCAAGAAGCUUUUCGAUUGCCAGUUUGGAAAGUUGAGCGAGAAGAAAGCUGUCGAUGAUCUUAAUCUGAAAAUGUACCAUGGGCAGAUCACGAAGAAAGAGAGCCUUACUAAGGAAACCUGGAGCCGGAAAAGCACGACAUUGUCAGUUGCUGACAGUCCGAAAACAAACCGGAUUGUGCCCACAGUACAAUAUCCUUUUCAAUUCGUUGACAGUCAUGGAGCACCUGGAGUUCUUCUGCAAGCUGAAGGAAGGGCGUGUUUGACGAAAUGUGAAUUGUCUAUGUGGCGCAUACGAGAAAGAAUGAAUUCACGAGAUCUAGGUAAGCCAACUGAUGCUAAUUAUGCAAACUUUAUCGUCUACAAGGCACGAGAAUACUUCCGAGCAAAAAGAAGCCAUCGACUCAUCUACGACGGCAUAAAGAAU